CAAUCUUAUAUAUAUCAUGAAGCAUGGGAGACACAAGGAAUCUCAACUUCAUACUUAUGUGGGAGCAUUAACGAGACUGUAAACUAGAUCUAAAUGCUAUGUCACCAUUGUUUUCGGUUGAGUUAUCCUUCCACCACCUCAUCAACCCAUUUCUCAGUGUGGUCUUGGGCCAAGGAUUGUUGGAUGCUUGGCAGUAGGAACAAAUCCUCAACAAAAUCAUACAAACCUUCAAGACCAUACGAUCUGUUGCUUAUUGAUGGCAAUGAUGAAGAUGUAGUAGCUUCUGCAGUUGUUAUUCUGCAGAAUUACGCAUUAAACUCAGUAACGAAGGGUGAGAUGUAGGCAGCAAGCUUACAGAUCAAGCAUGGUGCUGGAUUUUGCAUCUCAAAGAAGAGGAAAACGUUUUCUUUCUAAUUGGGAAGAAGGCUUAGCCGCGAAACGUGCAAUCCAGCUUUCCAAGUUGUGCUCUUUUGUCUGGCAUAUACAUGCAAAACAGUGGUAAGGAGAAAAACGUAUCCUUCUUCCUUCAUUCAUUAUAUUAUCUUUAGUUGCUUGCUCCUUGAUUUCAAAUGCCAUCUAUGUGCUAUGCUGUCAAUGUGACUUCUCAACCCUUUUUGACUUGGAAAACAGAGGCAUAUCUUUACAUUCCAUCAAACAACCUGUAGAAUAAGAUAGAAAACAGUCCAUAGAAUAUUCAAUGCACGAGUUCCAAUGACAAACUGUCACCCCUUGAAAAAUGCCAGCACCGUUCUCCCUUUGUUAUGUUCAUGUGCGCAUUUAUUUUUUAAUUUCUAGAUAACUGUGAACUGUUGACAAUAAAAAAAAAUCGGGGAUGGUGCUAGCAGUUUUAUGCUAAAGGGAGACAAUGCCAUUCGUGCAUUACAUAUUCUGUGGAUUGAAAAUGGAAUUAUGUUCAUGGUUCCCCAAGUUGAAUUCAAUUUAGUGUUGAGUUGGCUUGCAUUCUAAUUAAUUGAUCAGAAUGAGAUUCCUCCUUGUCCUCUUCAGCCUCAUGAUAUAAAUAUAUGGAGCAUAUGCCAAAGAAAGCCACAACUUGCAGAUUCUAACUUUGAGCCCAAGAGAAAAAUGGUUUCCGCUAAAACCGGCCACCAUGCUCGCUCUAUCAGCUUACCCUCCAUUUUGCAUCCUCUUAUUCCUCAGUUCAAUGAGCAUUCGAGCAGACUAAGGGCUUCUGAAGCCACUUCCUCUUCAUUGUCACCAUCCAUAAGGGACAGAUUAGAAAGUCUUCAAGGUUUGUAUGGCUGUGUUGACGAUUUGCUUCUAUUGCCUCACACACAACAAGCCUUUUCCGAAGAAUGCAACAAGAGAUGGGGAGAUGAGGCCUUGGAUGGAUGCUUGAACCUCUUGGAUGUAUGUGCAGUUACCAAAGAAAUAUUCUCACAAGCCAAGCAAGGCGUGCAAGAACUUCUCCCAAUCUGCAAAAGAAGGAAUAUUGGCAAUGACUUGGAGAGGUCCUUAGCCUCUAGAACCAAGGCUAAGAAGAUGAUUCAGAAGUCCCUGAGGGAUCUGAAGAUCUUAAUUAGAAGCAAAAACAGACUCAUUUCUUUGAACAAAGGCCAAACUGCAGCCAUUUUUAGCAUGUUGAAGGCGGUGGAAUUGGCCUCUCUGGCCAUGUUUGAGUCCUUGAUGAGCUAUGCUGCGGGGACGAGAGCACAAUCAAGGCCAACCAACUGGUCUUUGGCUUCCAAACUGAUGAUGCACCACAAGAAUGUAGUGGAAAUGAAUGAGUUUGAGAAGCUUGAUGCUGCAUUGAGCUCACUCUUCCUUGACAAGAAGAUCAAAUCUGAUUGUGCAAUGAACAUUGAGAAACUGGAGAACCACCUGGGGAAGAUGGAGUAAGUGUUGGAGAUAUUGAAGAAAGUCUAGGCUGCUUGUUCAGUCGUUUAAUCAAAACCAGAGUUUCCCUCCUCAACACUCUUAGUUACUAGUAGUAGUUGAAAUCCAGACUUUUGUUAUAGGUUUUUGGUACACUUUGUA